AUGUUAUUGGAAGGAUGGAACAAAAGAGAAAUAUAUCAUGGGCCUAAAAACGGAGGUGCUAAUGUUGUGCAGUGGCUAAACAAUGUCGUCGGAGGAGGUGGGACCAAGAUAAGCGGCGUCGUCGGAGGAGGUGGGACCAAGAUAAGCGAUGUCGUCGGAGGAGGUGAGACCAAGAUAAGCGACCAAGUGGCUUUAACGCGCUGUAUUCCUAGGCGUAGACUUGUUGCCACGACUAAUAGGACGAGCGAAAAGAAUCAUGAUCUCUCCAGUUUGAAGAUUGUCCAAGUGGCUAUCGAUACUAGUACUAGUACCACCAAAGAUGUACGCAAGGCCAAAAAUGCAAUCGUCUACAUAAGGUACACGGACUCGUGCGAGGCUCGAGUUGGUAUGGAUGUUGAUCGGUCAUGUUCUCUAGCUAUUCCAUUCGAACAUGAACAACUACUUAAGAUUGAGCCAUUCUGUGAAGGUGGGAGUGACAAUACAAACUAUGAAUCCGCACUCAAGGGUGUUAAUGGCUUGCGGAUCAAUAACAGUGGAGGCGAUGAGACUGCACCACCGCCACAAUCAAAUGGAGACGAUGUUAUAAUUACUACUACUCGUGUAGAUUCCAAAACAAAGCUCUCAGACUGA